ACGCCAUUUAUUCAAAAGCAAACAGCAACGGCUCGAGUUCAGAUCGUAGGUAGAGAGCAGAGAUUUUCGUUUUAUAAGAAUUUUAUUUAUUAUUUUAUUUUAAAGAAAACACCUACGUUUUCACAAAAGUGCAAUCAACGAGAAAUAUCGAAAAGAAUAGUAACAAAUAGAAAUAAUUAACAAUUUUUGUGUGUCAUUAAUGUAAUCAAGUAACAAAAAGAAAAAAACUUCAAAUAAAUUUGUGUGUUUGUCGAGCCUGAACAAAACGUCUCUGUAUUUGUGUGUCAGUUUUUAUUCUCCUCGAAGAAAAUUCUGGGAAUAAAAACUUUCAAUUAAAAUAAACGAAGAAAAAAGCGAUCGAUUUCAGUAAUUAUAACAAAUUCUAAAGAGGAUUCUAUAGAAUACAAAACAAAAACUAGACAAAAAUGGUUGGAACAACUGUUUUAAAACGUGUCGAUGAGAAUGAGUCUGCUGCUUUCAAGCAAGUUAAAAAAAUUGGUGUCUCCACAACAGAGGUCACAAAAAGAGCCGCAUUAGGAGACCUACAAAAUCGUGGUGUUGUACGGACAAUUGCCGCCAAGGACGCAGCACAAAAGGACCUGAAGGAUACAAAACUUCAAAAUGCGUUGCGUGCAACCAAGGCUCGUGUGGAUACCCAUUGGAAGAAGACCACAACAACGACCACAGUCGGCGGUGCUACACGUACAAAUGUUGCAACCGGCGAAGUGGCACCUACUGCUGCCGCAGCCCAGCGUAAAGUAUUAACCCGAUCCAAUUCGGUGCGUUUGGGCACCACAACCACCACCGGAUUGGGAGGACUGCAACGACAUGCAUCGGCAAAUUCGCACUUGCUUGUCGGGCAUAAUAAAGUUAAGACGCUGACCACGAAACUGGUCGAAAAUAAAGUGCAACAAGUUAAAAUUAUCAACAAAACAAACAACAAGACUGAAACGGAUGUCACCGUCGAACCUUCUCUACGUCGUGAAGAUAGCAAUUUAUCCCGUAAAUCAUUAACAAAAAUCAAGGCUGCCAUUACACAAAAUGCUGCUACAACCAAACCAACACUGGUCAAAUCGCAUUCGGCAGCUGCCACAUUAAGCCGUAAGGAACCAGUUGUGAAGACCACCGAAACAACAGCUACCUCUACCACCACUAAGUCCGCCGAUAAUAAACUGAAAAUUGUCAGUGUUCAAACACACUCAAGCAAGCUAUUGGACGAUGUUAAGGAUAUUGAUGAAGGCGAUUCGGAAAACUUGGUUUUGGUCUCAGACUAUGUUAACGACAUCUAUUCGUACCUUUUCAAAUUGGAAGCCGAGCAGCCAGUUGCCAAAAAUCACUUGGAAGGCCAGGCUGAGGUCUACGCCAAAAUGCGUGCCGUUCUAAUUGAUUGGAUCAACGAAGUUCAUACUCAGUUCCAUUUGGCCGCUGAGACAUUCCAAUUGGCUGUGGCAAUAAUUGAUCGUUAUUUGCAAGCUGUUAAGGAUACCAAACGAUCACAUUUGCAAUUGGUUGGCGUUACCGCAUUGUUCAUUGCUGCCAAGUAUGAAGAGCUUUUCCCACCAGCCAUUGCGGAUUUCAUCUAUAUCACCGAUGAUACCUAUACUGGCAAGCAAAUUCGUCAAAUGGAAUUGCAGAUAUUCAAGGCUUUGGAUUGCAAUUUGUCGCGACCAUUGCCCAUACAUUUCUUGCGCCGUUUCUCCAAAGCUGCUGAAGCUGAAGACAAUCAUCAUGCCAUGUCGAAAUACUUUUUGGAAUUGGCCAUGAUUGAGUAUGAUAUGUCACAUUAUAAGCCAUCAGAAAUUGCUGCCGCCUCACUGUUCCUCUCCCUAAAUCUAUUGAAAGAAAAUACCAACAUGGCCACCGGUUUGAACAACAAACAUUGGAACUCGACCUUGGAAUGGUAUUCACGUUACUCGCCGGAGCAUUUAAGACCCAUUGCCAAGAAAAUUGCCACUGUGGCUCGUAAUGCACCAAAUGCCAAACUGAAGGCUGUGUAUACCAAAUAUCAAGCUUCAAAAUUCCAAAAAGUCUCCACACGUUCCGAAUUGUAUAGUACUCUAAUGGAUUCCAUCGUUAGCAGUAAGGAGUAGAUAUAACAAUUGUAGUGGUUGACUUUUUCUUUUGUUUGUAAUAUUCUUCUUUCAAACACAUACAAAAGGGAGUGAGAAAAAUUUCAUCGAAAGAAAUUUUAGUCCAUUUAAUAAUGUUAAUAAAUAUUAACAAAUUUGUGUCAUAAAACAAUUGUAUAAGCAAAUUACAUAACUAUGCAUUAUUAUUAUGAUUUAAUGUGAAUCUAGACAUUUUAAUGUUGACUGACCACAGUGAGGAUCAGAAAUCCAUGAUCAUAUUUCCAACUUCAAAAAAUAAAAAGACCUUAAGGUUUGAGAUUUCCUAGAUGACACUUUUCCUACUCUCUCUGCCUUUGUCUUUAAUAAUUGUAACAAUAGUUAGCAUAAUUGUUUAAUUUUUGUCCCUACCCCAUCCCUUAUUUAGUACAAAAUUUACCCAUUAAGUACGUACUGAUUUUUGGUAUGGAAUCCCCAUUUAAUUCAUCACACAUACAUAGAGGCAGUUUUAUCAAUUUAAUAUUUGUUUUCUUUAACAUCACCUUGAGUCUUGUGAUGUUUGAAAAGAAAACAAAACCAGUAGCUUUGGGAAGUACAAAACGUUUCAUUGUUGUCCAUAAUUCAAACAAACUAUAGGCGCGGCGCGGCUUUUUGUUACCAAAAAAAAAAAAAAUAUAUAAAUAUGAUUUGGUUAGGAUUUUGUUUAGGUUCGGGUCUUAGGCGCGGCUUGAUUUGGCUUAAUUUGCUUACAUGGCAAAUGUAUGACUCAGAAAAAAGCAGCUGUAUUUUAUAGUUUUACUCAUGAUAUUUACAAAACAAUCGCAUUUGCUGGCUAAAUAAAUGUUGCGAUAAAUCUCUAACUUACUAUUCUUUUCUACACAGCGUUCCUUUUCUAUAUGCCUUUCAUAAAAAAGAUUUAACAACAAAUGUUUUGCUUUAAAUUUCCCCUAAUUUUCCCACCUUUAUCUGACUGAUUUUUCAAUAAAUUCCAUACGAACAUUAGCUAUUUUAAA